AUGUCUUCCAAGGAGGAAAAAUCGACCAACGGUGCUAGCCGUCGCCAAAGCCAAGCCUCCAUGGGCAACUUCGGCAACGAAUCCCUUGAUCGCAGCGAAGAAACUGUCCUCACUCGUCGACAGAAGCGCCAACUGCGCCGCGAAACUCUCCGUCUCCAGGCUGAGGUUGCUCCGUUUAUGGGCAUGGACCUUGAUGACGAUGAAGAGAUCAAGGUCGAGGAUGAGACCAAGGUCGAGGAUGAGACCAAGGUCGAAGAAAAGACCGAGGUAGAGAAGAAGGAGGAGGAGCCUGCCAAGAAUGUGAUCGGCACGCCGCUCGAUACUGUACCUGAAGUUGAUGAGACUCUUGUCGAUGACAGGGCCGUGUUGAGUGGGCUCCGCCCCAACGCCUUCAAAACACCACCAUCAGGGGAGUCGGAGUUCCCUGGGAGAGAAAAUUGGUGGACCAGAGGCAUCAUGGGAAUGUCCAUUCGAACUUGA